AGCCUGCUCAUCCCCAAGGCCGCCGUGAAGCGCAUCAUGAAGCUGGACCCCGAGGUGAACCAGGUCGCCAACGACGCCGUCAUCCUCGUCGCCAAGGCCACGGAGAUGUUCCUCGAGAAGUUCUCCGCCGAGGCGCGAGCGCAGGCGACGCUCCGGAGCCGGACGACGGUCAAGUACGAGGACAUCGCGGACACGGUCUCCGGCGACAAGAACUACGAGUUCCUCGCGACCGUCAUCCCC